AUGGAAACUUCGACCUUACUCGUAGCAGCAGAGGCCGGCAACACAUUGAUACUGCGGUCACUGAUUAACCUCGGGGCCGACGUGGAGACAGCAUCAGACGAGGGGAAGACCGCACUCCACGUUGCUGCAAGUAAAGGUCAUACGGAAUGCGUACAUUCCCUGCUUGAUGCAAGAGCCAGCGGCGAGUCAAAGGACGUCAACGGUAAUUCGGCACUGCAUGAAGCAGCACGUGCAGGCCAAGCAGAUGUUGUACAGGCACUUAUACAUAGAGGAGUUAGCCUGACAGUACGGAACGACAGUGGGCAUACCGCGCUACACGUUUCCGCCUUAGAUGGCCAUGAAGAUGUUAUGCGGACGCUCUUAGAGGCAGGUUCGGGUAUUGAUGCAGAGACAACAGACGGCAAAACAGCGUUACAUCUUGCAGUGGCGAAGGGACACGAGCACAUAGCGAAGGUUUUACUGGAGAAAGGUGCCAAUCCUACUGCAACAGCUAGUUCCGGACUCACUCCAAUACAUUCAGCCGCCCGAAACGGCAACAAAGGUCUUAUGGAGGUCCUUUUCAGAGCAGCCAAGCUCGAUAAAGAGAUAAGCAAAAGUUUGAUAGUGAUGAGAGCAGCUGGCAACUGUACCGAAGACUUUAUGAAGAUGCUUCUACAGCAAGGACUGGACAUCAAUGCGCGGAAUGUAAAUUAUGGAAGUGUACUACACCAAGCGGCGAGGCAUGGUAACGAACCUGUUGUACGGCUGCUACUUGAACGUGGAGCAGAUGUUAACGCAGAAGGAAAGUGGAUUGGGAGUGCACUACAGGAGGCGGUAGCAACCGGCCACGAAGCUAUUGUACAGCUAUUGCUUAAUCAUGGAGCGCAUAUGGAAGCACAAACAUCAUAUCUUGGGGGCGCACUGCAUCGGGCAGCGGAAAAUGGCGACGAAUCUAUUGCACGGCUAUUGCUUAAGCAUGGAGCAGAUGUCAACGCAAAAGCAGAAGUUGACAAUAUGGGUGUACUGCAUCGGGCAGUAGAAAGAGGCCACGAACCUAUUGUACGGCUAUUGCUUGAGCAUAGAGCAGAUGUCAACGCAAAAGCAAGAGACAAUAUGGGUGUACUGCAUCGGGCAGCGGAAGAGGGCCACGAAUCUAUUGUACGGCUAUUGCUUGAGCAUGGAGCAGAUGUCAACGCAAAAGCAAGAGACAAUAUGGGUGUACUGCAUCAGGCAGCGGAAAAAGGCCACGAUUCUAUUGUAUGGCUGUUGCUUAAGCAUGGAGCAGACGUCAACGCAGACGGAGGUUACUGCGGGAGAGCACUACAGCAGGCAGCCCGCAAUGACCACACAUCUACUAUACGGCUGCUACUCGAGCAUGGAGCAGAUGUUAAUGCAGUCGCAGAUAGUUUUGGUGCACUGCAUUAUGCAACAGCAAGCGGGUACGCGCCUUAUGUACAGCUAUUGCUGGAGCAUGGAGCAUAUAUUAAUGCCGUAGACCAUAUGGGUCGAAGUGCACUGAACUGGGCAGAGAUAAGGGGACACAAAUCUAUUGUAAAGCUAUUGCUUGAGCAUGGAGCAGAGGAGUGA